UUCGAGCUUCGCGAAUAUUUUUUGUGCUGUUGGGCGCCUCCCACUCCAAACUUCCCCCCAAAACAACACCCCUCCUCCUUCCUUCCUUCCAUUCCAUCGCGUUGUUGUGGUGUGGUGGUGUGGUGUUGGUUGAUCUGUGCGUGUGUGAGAGUGUGUUCAGCUGCAAGCUCCUCCUUAGCCAGGGCAAUCGCAUCAGCAGCAAGCAAAGCGCGCUCAAGGACGGAAAGAAGAGCGCACCCCGCUGGUCACAGCACAACAGGGCGAGGCAAAGACCAAACAUGAGCAUUCGAAGGAAACAGGUGGUGUACGUCGGGUUGGAUGACUACAAUGCCUUGAACAAAUCAGAGCUCUCUUUCUCCAAGGGCGACAGGCUCAAGAUCCUCAAGCCACCCAAGGAUGAUGACAAGUGGUGGAGCGCGCAGAACCUGAACACGAAGAAGAAGGGCUACGUCCCAGCAGACCUCAUUGCCAUCGAAGGUGCGCUUGAGUUGAACGACUGGUGUCAUGGCGCCAUCUCGCGCAACGGCGCACAGUACCUGCUCAAGGAACACAAUGUCGACGGCAUGUACCUUGUUCGCGAGUCACAAAGCCAGCCCGGCCAGGUGCGAGCACGCCUGCUUAGAGAAAGACACACACACACACACACACACACACACACACACACACACACACACACACACACACACACACACACACACACAAUCCCCCCCACACACACACACACACCUCACGACCGCCAGGCGCACGCCAAGACGAUUGUGGUCGGGAUGGAUUUGGACAAGAAGUGGGAGCUGAAGCGCGACGACAUCAAGCUGAUGGACAUGCUUGGUGGCGGCAACUACGGCGAGGUGUUCAAGGCAAAGUUUAACAAGCAGAUUGUUGCUGUGAAGACGAUCAAAGAGGAAAGCAUGGAGACGGUUGAGUUUAUGAAGGAGGCGCACGUCAUGAAGAAACUCCGCCACCCGAACCUGGUGAAGUUGAUUGGCGUGUGCAGCUUAUCGCUGCCCAUGUACAUUGUCCAGGAGUACGUUCCCCACGGCGAUCUUCUCUCCUUCCUCCGUAGACCAAACGCGCGGUCGACGAUUGACGAGACGGCACAGCUGUACAUGUCCUUCCAGAUAGCGGACGGAAUGUCCUGUUUGGAGGCGCAGAACACAAUUCACCGCGACCUCGCUGCCAGAAACUGUCUGGUUGGCGACAAUCUUGUGAUCAAGAUUGCUGAUUUCGGGAUGGGUCGCGUAGUGGACGACCUCUACACCGCACGCACCGGAACAAAGAUGCCAAUCAAGUGGACGAGCCCCGAGGCGCUGUGCUACGACGCGUUCAGCACCAAGUCCGACGUGUGGUCGUUUGGCGUUGUCCUCUGGGAGAUUUCGACGUUUGGGGACGUGCCAUACCCGGACAUGGAGGCGCGCGACGUGAUCCACAAGCUGGAGGAGGGAUAUCGCAUGCCCGCCCCGCGUGGGUGCCCUGCAGGCCUUUACGACGUGAUGAGCGACUGCUGGCAUAUGAACGCCAAGGAACGGCCGACGUUUGAGCAGCUCAAGCUCCGACUGGAGGAACUGCACAACGCACAGAAGGGAGAGGAUGGCGGCGAUGGUUUGCACGAGGCGGCGCCGGCAGCGAACACGGUGUGGCGGGAGCAGUUUGAGAGCAAAGACAAGAAGAAGGACGAGGCGAAGAAGCAGAAGACCGAGGAAGCGCUCGACCUCACCAAGCAGGUCUUCAGCGGGGCACAGCACAUCUACCGGUAUGCAAAUGAGCAGACGGUGGCGCAGCUUGUGUCGGACCUCAACCCGCUCUGCCAGCGAUUGGUCGCCCUCCUCAAGGCUGCCAAGAUUCUCGACAAGUCGCAGCUCAAGGCGUUGGCUUCUGCUGUGAAGGACCUGGCCAAGGCGAAGACAAAGCUGGAGAAGGUCAAGACGGCGUGCGAGAAGCUGCGUGACGUGGCGCGAACUGUCAACCGCUCCCUGAAGAAGUCCCUCGCACCAUAGCUGCCACACGCGUUGCCCGCACGUGUGCAUGCACACGUAUAUGCGCUUGUGCUUGUGCACAUGUGUAUGUGUAUGCGCCUGUGUAUGCUGGUUCGAUGCACCGUGCUUGUGCACAUGUGCAUGUGUAUGUGACAGAGCUCUCCCUGACUCCUCUGCCUCACGCACACGGCCCCCUUCUUGUAUGCAAUAUCUUGGCCUCUUUCUUCUCUUUCUUCUCGUUUGUUUUCAUACCUUCCCUCUGCUCUCACUUGGAUUGCUUGUCGAUAGGUCAUGUCACAUCCUGUUCCCCCUUUGUCGUGUCAUUGUUGUUGUUGGUGAUUGGCUGCUUGCUUCACCUUGGCCCACCUGUUUGCUUUGCUUGUUGUUCGGUCUGCUGUUUUCAUGAAGACGUUCAAGUGUGUGAGUGUGUGUGUGUGUGUACGUGUGAUGUUGUUUCGUGCGUUUGGGAGUGCGUGGAGUGAGUGAAUGAACUUGUGAAGAUG